CGGGCGAAUGAAGUUGUCUACGUCGUUAUAUCCUGCAACCAUGUCGAAGCCGAUGGGGAGCAUCUCGAGCGACUCGCUCAACAAACCAAAGAACGGCGACAAGAAGACCGUCAUCGAUCGCAUCCGCAAUGUCGACAAGUUGGAGACGCCCAAGUUGCUGCGCUACAUGCGCGUGGGAAACAUGUUGUGCUGCAUCCUGCAGGUGUUUGCAGGGAUCUCAGGCUUGGCGUCCAUCGUUACGCUCAACAUCACGGCGGUGUUUGUGUCCCUGUACGUGAUCAUGUUCGGUGUUCUCUUUCUCCUGUUUGAGUGCCGCUUGUCGAGCUUGGAGCCCAAGAUCCGUGCAAACUUUGGGUUUCUGUACUCGUACCAUGGCCGCGCUCGGUUCAUCUUCUUCAUUGGGUUCAUGGACUUUGGCACUGGCGGCGGAUUGGGGUACCUGGCUGGCAUGAUCAUGUGCGCCAAUGCGUUUUUGAACUUCUACAUCAUGUAUAAGCACCCUGAAUUCGCGUCGGGCAACCUCUCGUCGUCGUCCGACCCCACGGCGGGCUACGCGCCGGCCAGCCAAGAAGCAACCAAGUUCCUCAAGAACAACCCGGACAUCGCCAUGCAAGCCACGAAUUACGCAUUUGCACAGGCAUCCAGCGCGGCCGCCAACAACAGCAGCUCCAGCUACGGCAGCCGCGUCUAACUUGCCUCGAGCUAACCGUAAAAACCACCCAAAAGUCGUGUUUUCUAUUUGCCA